GUCGUAUGUGCACUUGAAUUUGUUCGGCGGCGUUUAAAAAACAAUAUUAUUGUGUACAACGAUUCAAAAAUGUUGUAUAAUAAUUAUAUUUUAAUCGGAUUACAAUUAAACGUCGACUUGAAAAUGCACUAAUGCAUGCACUCGUCUGAGUUCUCGUGUCGACGUGCGGGUACCUACCGAAAGUGAUGACGUCAUAUUCACUACACGUGACGUUUUCGACGCAACCAUGAAAAGUGCACUUGGCCCGCUGUAAUCGAAACCGGAGUAUGUGGAGUCCCGUGCCAAUAGCCGGCAACAACAGCAUACUGCCGACCAGAUCCAAACAUAGCGCCGCUGUGCACGGCAACCAUAUCUACGUGGUCGGUGGUCGGAACGGCAAUUGGCCCCUGAAAGACAUAUGGAGAUAUGACUUGGUCAGCAACACCUGGGAACAGUUGCAUCCGACAGGAGAUACAUUGCAGAAUUUGCAAGAGCACACCGCGGUCGUUUAUCAAGACAAGGUGUAUGUAUUCGGCGGAGAAGUGGGGUUUUCGUCUGCCUCCGAGUCGCCGUUAUGGUCUUAUAGCACCAAGGAGAACCGAUGGGAAAAAGUCAAAGGAGCUUCAGGUACAACCGUGCCCAAAGGCAGGAGAGGCCACACGGCACUGGUGUACCGCAAUUCUAUGAUCGUCUACGGAGGAUACAGAGAUCUAAAAGGAUCCACCAGCGAGAUGUGGGCCUAUCACUUCGAUACCCAAACGUGGCAUUUAUUGUCGCAGGGAAAAUCUUGUCCACCGGCCAGACACAAGCAUUCGGCUGUUAUAUAUGGAGACGUCAUGUGGGUUUACGGCGGUAUGACCGACUUACAAGAGAGAUCGGAUUUGUGGAAAUUCGAUUUCGUGAGAAAAAAGUGGAGCGUCGUGAAGAACAAAAUAAAUCCGGGACCGUUGCAGGGUCACAGCGCUUGCAAAGUGAUGGGUUCAAUGAUUAUUUUUGGCGGCAAAAAAGGAGGACACAUUAGCAACGAGUUGUGGAAGUUUUAUUUCGCCAGCGAAACGUGGGAAAAGGUGCAGACCACUUAUCCGCAGCCACCGCCUAUUUGUGAAGCAAUAACAGUGGCCGUGUCGGAUACGACGACCACAACGGCGGCGGCAACGACUACGACGAAGAACGGACGGGAGAACGGUGUGCAGAGUCCGUUGGGCAGGCGGUCCAGGAGCGGCCGUUCGGUGGACAGGCAGAAUGGCUGCAGCGCGGACAGGGAACAUCACGUGUACCAACACCAGUCUAGGCCGGAAUCGAGGUCCGGUGGUUCGAACGUGAACAUCCUGAAGGAGCUGUCGAAACUGUCGCAGCUCAACCUCUACCGGUUGGCGCACAACAAAUCGUACAGCGUGUUGAGCAGCAGCGAUAGCGUCGUGUCCGGCGACAACUACCAACAGCAGCAGCAGAACAUGGUAAAGUCGCAGAGCGCGAAUGUGAUCGCCAGGUCAUUGAUCUCGCCGGUGGUGCCCAACUGCUCGCCGCCCAAGUCGUUCCGGAUGCCCAGAGACCACAUUUCUGUGCCCAACUUCGGCGUCGCCUUGACGCCUGUCGAGGCCACCAAACUGGUGUACUUGGAAGGCGAGGAAGCGCCCAGUCCGCGCGUCGAGAUUGACAACGACUUCGGGUCGGUUCACAUGAGGUUCCACCCGAACGGCCCGUCGUCCGCGUUCAACAAGAUGAUGAACCGCCGCAGUUACCCGCUGACUAGUUCGGCAUCCGUCCGUUUCGGUAACCCGUACAGCACGCCGGAAGAACCAGGAGAAAUCACGUCCGGUUAUGCCAGCAUCGAGACCGUGCACCAGUCGCCCAACGGCGAUGGACCCAUAAGUUUUUCCAAUCCCAACUACAUGGUACAGGCUGACAUACAAAACGCCAUAUCCAAAGGAGACUACGUUAAGUUAAACAGUCCACCGGACAGUCUGUUGGAGGACAGCGAUAACGCAUUCGAAAUGCGCCAGAUGAACCGGCCCGUUCCGCCCAAAACAUUGGCGUUGAGCUCGUCCACGGCGUUCAACUCGACCAUAACGUCGUACAACUCGUCCAAGAAGUUGAACCACUCUAGCGUAGACAUACGCGGCCCCACGCCAAAGGCCCGUGCCGUCAGCGCCAGUCGGGCCGGAGUGCGUGAACAUCAGCCGCAAGUGAAAGAAUGCACGGUGUUCCUAUUGGGCGGUAUCGAACAGGACGGCUCGGUGACGGUGUUCAAGAAACCGAUGACUAUGUGGAAGCUGAGCAUGUACUUCCGAAGCGUUUAGAUCUGACCUAUCCAUCCGUUAGGGUCAUAGAUCUUAGCUUAAACUAUUAUUACUAUUUAUGAACUAAGUGUUGUGAGCUUAAGUUUGUAUACCUCUGUAAAUUUGGACGUUUUUUGUGUAUUUUGAAACAAUUUUUCUCAGGCUUGAACUAGCCAUAAAUGAUUUCCGAGCCUUUGGAAAAAUUUGCCAGUGCCAUUGAUGACUGAUGGCAAUUUAUUGUGUAAAUUAUUAUGCGUGAUGAUUUUUUUUUUUAUUGCAACACGUGCCAUCGAAUAUAAUUCUUCCAGUACGAUUAAUAUAACAAAUUGUUAUUAACAUCAUAUAUUAUUUUGUAAUACUGUCCGUCCGGCGUGUCGCGGGUCCGUCCAUCUAAAAACGAAUAAAAUAAUUUUAUUAAUCGCACCUAAAACAAAACAAGUGCCGAAAAUUCAUUCUUUCAAAUUAUUUAAGUGAAAUUGCAUGCUUAUAAUGUGCGAUUUGAAAUCCGUUUAGGUAUACGUGGAUUUUUAUACUUUCACAUAUUAUUAUAUAGGUAUUAUAAUUAUUUAUGUAUCCAGUAUCAUAUUAGUUGUGAUAUUUUAAUAAGACACGUCUUGUCGGUCAACGAUUUUAUACAUUUUUUUCUAAUUAGGUUUAUAGAUAUUUUAUAAAUCCAUAGUUAUUUGCUACCAUCAGAUUUUCGGUUAAAAACUAUGAGGCAUAUAUCGACUUGAAGUCGUUUAGUCAUUGUCACCAAAAAAAACAAUAAUAUUUUAACUUACUUUCGACGGUUUUAGGAUAACUUUCCUGCCAAGAUUGCAAUUUUUUAGUUUAAUUGUAAUAGUUUCAUUUUUGUAUCUUAAUUCAAUAACAUUCAAUACAAUAUUUUUUUUUUUAAAUUACAGGCGAUUUAGAGUGAACAUUUUUUUUCAAAUUCAAUUUAAGAAACAUGAAUAUUAAACGUGUUACGUGUCAUAAAUGGAAAAGUGCUUAAACUAUUAUAUCAAAUUUUAAUAAUUGAUCGUAUUAGAUGUUUUCUAAGAAAAUCUUCA